GAACAACCUGGAUGUAAAGGAAUUGGCAAUUUAGUUUGAAUGUGUGAGGCUCAUUCCUUUUGUGAAAAAGGGCUUAUCUAUCUCAAGGUAGACAAGCUUAAGUUGAUUGAGCUCUGUGGGGCAUCUGAACCUGAAUUCUCUAAUGUUUCUACUUCCAAGAAGAACUUAUGCCACUAUGUUUCCGGAGUUGCAAAGGAAAAGAAAGAUGCCAGAGAUAUAAAGGGGAACCGAGGUAUGUCUCUUAAGUGGAGGUGGCAGAACUAGACCCUCUGGGAUGUGCACGUAGUGGAGGUCAACUCGACCAUGUUAUAGC